CGGUGGAGAGCAGGAAUGUGUGUGUGUGUGUGUGGUGUGUGUGUGUGUUUGACUGACGCUGCAAAACAGCUGCCUUUGAACACACACACAACCGGAUACAACCAGACCCUCAGACCUGCACUCAUUUGUCUUUGGAGCUUCACUUCUUCUCCAGCUCUGGAAUGAACUGAAAGGCAUUUGUGGAAGUACUGGAAUUCGUGUAGGUUGUUUACUGGUUGCAGUGAAGCGUCUCCACCAUGAAGCUGGCUGUGGUGCUGUUGGCUCUGCUCUCCUGCAUGCUGCUCUUUGAGCUUGGUAUGAGCCAGAAGGAUGAGCAGAAGGUGAAGCCAGCAGCAGAUAAGAAGGCGAAGGUCAAGCCUAAGGUUGAAAAGAAGGCGGCUGAGAAGAAAACCAAGGUCACUACCGUUAAACCUAAACCCAAGACCACCCCUCAGCCCCCGGCAGCUCAGACACACCUGACUCAGGUACUGCAGAGGGGGAGGUUCCAGAAGGUGGGCAACACACUUACUGUUGUGGCAGGAGACACUCUGGAGCUCAGGUGUAAGGGCAGUCCUGUACAGUGGGGCAUCCCACCUUACCUGGAAGAGGAUGACGAAGGACGACUCAGGACUGUCCAGCAUGAUCGAUAUGGUACGCUGAUUUUAGCGAACACAACCGGCGCUGACACCGGAGAGUACACCUGCUUCCCCAUGUACUGUGAGGACGUGGAGUGCAGGAAGGAGUACAAUAAAGCCGUCAAAGUCUUUGUUUUCUUCGCUGACCCACAGGAACUGUUCGUGCCCUCGGCCAACUACUACGAGAUCAUCCACCUGCGGAGCAACAGGCCCACGGUGCUGCCCUGCCAGAUCACAUCUCCGCAGGCUAAAGUCACCCUGCACCGGGAGUACCCUCCCACAGAGGUGAAGGUGGACGGAGCGGAGAUUUCCUACGAGGUCACACGAGGGUUCACCAUCCACAGACCCAAGCAGUACCACGCCGGAUCCCUGUACUGCGUGGCCAGCCUGGGCAACCUGCGGCAGAGCUCCACCAAAUACAUGCUGAUCUACGUCAACUAUCCUGCUGCCCCGCCCGCCCCCUUCAUUCAGGCCUCGUCUGACCCUGUGACUGUGGGGCAGAACCUGCAGGUUACCUGUACAGUGGUGGGAGACCAGGACGUACUGGUGGAGUUCACCUGGGAUUACCCUGGACAAACAAUCGGUCGUCCGCUCUACACUCAGGACAGUAUGCAGACAGUGCAGGUGGAUGGGCAGAGCCGGCAGCGUUCCCAGAGCGUCCUGCUGGUGGACGAGGUCAGAGAGGUGGACCAGGGCACCUACACCUGCACCGCCCAGAAUCUGGAGGGGUCACGCUCAGCCUCCACUACUGUUAAAGUAGUGCCAGCUCGCAGCGCCAACAAACCAAAGAAACCGUGAGAGGGAGACAGACAGUGGACUGUACCAUGGACCAAAUAACCAAUCAGCUUUUGUAGCUACAGUGUGUGGUUCCUUAAAGUGACAAAUCAAGAGUUUACUAAAAAUUUUCCCAUUGUAGUCAAGCUUUUAGAUACCUAAGAGUGUGCUUAAAGGUCUGCAGACACCUACUAACCCAGUGCCUAUUGAAAUGGUGCAAUAACAGCCUCUACACUUCUACAAAGCAUUAAGGGCCAAUCCCAUUUCACCCAUUGGUCCUACAACUUACCCCUACCCAUUCUUUUUCGAGUGUAACCCUUCCCCUUGGAACAGAGUUAUUUCCUGGCUUCCUGAUGGAUAACUCUAUUGCUUCAUGACUCCUGAAGUUUCAUAUUUUGCCGGCUGCUGGAAUGACGAACCUGGCUGGCAGGCUACUGUCAGUAACUAGUGGGAGGGGCUCCACUGAUUCUGAUAACAGUGUUUGGUUCUUUCCUGCACUCACCGUCACAUAAUUUAAAUGGGGUGCUUACACAGUUUGUCAUUGCAUUCAAUUCAUAACCAGUCAUUGUCUGGUGGCCCCAGUCCAGCUAGGGCCCCAGGCAAUGGAUUAGUUAGCUUGCCCUGUUGCAACGGGUUUGGUAAGAGCACUGGUCUCAUUUGGAGCAUUGUGGCUCACACCAAAGAAAAGCAUUAAAGUCUUCAUAAUAAGGGUCUCUAAUAACUGUUACACAUUAACAACCAUAUAAUAACAGUGUAACUACAGGUGAAGUACACUUUGUUACACAUUAAUUACAAUCACACAUUGUGCAAUUUCAUAACCGGUGCAACUGUAAGCAAUCUGUAACAAUGCAUACUUCAUCAGUAGUUAUAUAUUACUGUUAUUACAAUGGAUGGUUAAUGGGUAACUACCAGAGGUGGAAAGUAAUGAAUUACUUUUACUCAAAUUACUGUAAUUGAGUAGAUUUUAUGAGUAAUUUGUAUUUUUUAAGUAGUUUUUAAAAUAGGUAAUUUUACUUUUACUCAAGUACAUUUUGACACAAGUAAUUUACUUCACUACAUUGGAAAACUCCCCAUUACUGAGUAAAUAAUUAAAUGCUCGGGGAAAAAAAACUAUUGUCUGAAUAAAAAAAAAAUUGAGUUUUGUUCUCAAUGGCAGCGCAGCUGAACUUUUCCCAGCAGUGUUUAUUAUGUGUGAAUCAGCUGUGCUCGGGGGAACAGGUGUUCUGUCGAGUUAUGCUACCCAUCGAUAUGUGCUUCUUUACGGCACUGCGCAUGCGCCGACCAACAGUUUUUUUGUAUGUUUUCAUGUUUUUCAUGAUUAUUCCUAAAGUUCUUAUUGGAAACAUUAAAUAAUCUGCUUAUAUGUAAAAAAAAAAAAAAACAUGUAAAUAGCAGUUAAAGCAUAGCAAUGGCAAGUUAAAAAAUAAUAAUGAACUGUAAAACUAUAAAAAUACGGUUUAUAGACACAUAUAUGACCAUAACUUUUUAACAGUAAAGAAAAAAAUGGAUCAUAGAAACCUAUGCCACUUGUUUUUGAAAAUGUUUUAUGCGGUGGUCUGAACAAAUACUGCCUGAAAGGUCCAAAUUAUUAUUUGGAAUAAUAGUUCAUUAAAAAUAAUUAAUUUAUGAUUAGUACUUUUUUACGUCAAAUAAUUAAAAGUAACUAUGUAACUUUUACUUAAAGUAAAUUUUAAAUUGAGUACUUUUUUACUUCUAUUCGAGUAGAUUUUUAGAUGGGUACUUUUACUUUUACUUGAGUAGAAUUUUAGCAAAUAAUGGUACUUUUACUUAAUUACAAUUUUUCAGUACUUUUUACACCUCUGGUAACUACACAGUUAUUAUAGUGAGACCAAAUGCUAUUUUUUGCUAAUUACAUUGUAGUUACAAAUCGUAUUUUUAAACUACAGAAAAUGCUAACUUUUUCAUCAAAGAAUUUUAAUAUGAUUUACCAGAGAAACAUUCUGUAACAUUGUUUUGAGAAAUCCCUUUUGUGUAUUUUUAAAUCUGUAAUCUAGUUGUUAUAUGUUGAUAUUUGUGCUGCUGAUGUGAGCUACAAUCAUUAUUGUUAUCAUAAGCAACCCGUUUUAACUGUAAACACUGUAAAAGUUUUGCACUUCUUUGAUGUGAAAUUUCAAAAUGUGCCAAUAAAACAUAUUUCUACCCUUUUA